AUGGGACCUAAGAAAAGUAGAACCAUUCCUGAAGAGACUUUACCUUUUAUUCAUCAAGCUGUCUGUAUCCAGAUGAACCUCAGUGACGCUUAUUUGUUCUUGGCUUACCUGUGUAGCAAUGACGUGACGCUGACUGGUUUUGGAGCGUAUUCUCGGGACAAAUCUUCAAUGAAAUGGUUCUAUGCCAAAAGCAUCCUGACAUACGUCUCAGAAAGGGGUAGCAAGGUCUGCAUUCCGGAUAUUCAGAGGCCUGAAAUAGAUACCCAGGGAUGCAUCCAGUGUGCGACAGCUAUUCUAAAUAUGGAAAGAAAAUUAUCCGAGAUCCUGCAAGAUUUGCAAGACCUCACCUUAAAUAUUAGAGAUAACGAAACAUUAGAAUUUACAAAAGAGUUGAUAUUUAAGCAGAGAAGGAUUGAAGACCGUUUGGCAUGGGAAAUUGAUAAGCUAAGGACAAGAGAAGAAGAAGAGGCUCAGAAGAAGGAUGAUAAAGAUGAAACAGGUUUGCAAGGUUCAUCGAGACAGAAAUCAAGGAAAUAACCAAGUGAUAUUGAAUAGGAAAAACCUUUCUAUUGUAGGUCCUAGAUCAAGAAGUUAAUGUCUUGUCAUUUUCCCUU